AUGUCAGAUGACGAGUCUGCCGUUGAGACUGAGGACGACAUCGAGGACCUCUUCCACAAGCGCAGACGCACCGACAUCCCAUGUUGCCUGCUCUUUCUCUUGGCCCUCGGCGUGCUGAUCGCGAUGUUCGUCUAUGGAGCCUUGUACGGCGACUCGAAGAAGCUGAACCAUGGCCUUGACGGCAUGGGGCGCCAGUGCGGAGUCGAUGCCGAGGUCAUCGACAGGCCUCUGCUCUUCUUCUGCCCGGUGGUCACAUCGUCAGGAGAACGCACCGUGAACCUGGACGAUCCGGUCUGCGUGUCAGAGUGUCCCAGUCCCGGCAUGUACGUCGCGGCGGCCAACUCUGGUUGCGCUUUGGGGGAUGCUUACCCGACGACGCAGAUCGGCAGCCGAUACUGCUUGCCUUCCGGGAGCAGCGAAGCAGUCUCUAGGCGGAAGGUGGAGCAGGGCAUGCGGACCAUGGCUGCGGACCUCUUUACCGUGGUGGAUCGCGUCGGAAAGGCGUGGCCGGUUUUGCUGCUCGCGGUGGUGCUGGCUUGCGUGAUGGGGUACCUCUUCCUCUUCAUGCUGAAGACCGUCGCGGGCUGCAUCAUAUGGUUCUGCGCACUAGUGGGCCUCACGGCCUUCGUGCUGCUGGGCUGGUUCAUGUGGGUCCAGUCGCAGGAUGCCGCGGAGUGGGCCACCACGUACAAGGUGCUCGCCAUUGUUUCGUGGGUCGCGAGUGUGCUGGUUGCUCUGCUCUUCUGUUGCUGCCGCCAGGAGGUCAAGUUGUCCACCGAAUGCAUGGGGCAAGCUGCUGUUGUGAUUUGGCGAAUGCCGAUCCUCCUGCUCUCUCCGCUGCUGAAGGCCAUCUUCAAGACCGUGCUCUUUCUUGUGCUGGCAGCUGGCUUCGUCCACCUCUUGGCUACAGGCAAAGUCACUGGUGUUGGCCGCGAUCGUCACCUGGAGCUCUCAGGGCAGCAGCAGGCGAUGCUGGUCCUCUAUGUUUUCAUUUCCUUCUGGGUCCUGGCAUAUGUCAGCGCUCUGUAUCAGUUCUCGAUCGCGUUCUCCGCCGCCAAGUACUUCUGUGCGAACAUCGAGAACGGUAAGAAGGCUGUGGCCGCCUGCAGCGUCUGUGAGGGAGUCCGUGUGGGGCUGUGGUACCACACUGGAUCACUUGCCUUUGGCUCUGCUCUCAUCGCCGUCUUGGAGUUAAUUCAAAGAAUCCUGGAAUGGGUGGAGAAGAAGAGCAUGGAGGGAGGCGAGAUGAACAAGGUGGCCACGUGUUGCAUUUCGACCAUCCUCUGCUGUUGCAGGCCAGUGCCUCAGCUGGACGUGCUGUUGCCGUUUUGCGGUUGCUGCUGCUGCUGCUGCUCUUAA